AGCUUUAUCUGCCCAUGACAUGUAUUCUUCGUUCCAUAUUACAAACAACUCUACAGGAAACCAUAUAUUAAACCGAAAAAUUUAAUCAAGUUGUCAUAUAACCACGUCACCAUGGUUCUCAGCGGUCACUGCCUUUGCGGUAGCAUCAAGUACAAGGUCGAUGCUGAUCCUCUUAUCGUCGGAUACGACCACUGCGACGAUUGCCAACGUCAGAGCGGCUCGACAUAUUCGCUCGUUGUCGUAGUCCCCAAGGACAAGCUCACAAUCACCGGUAACCCCAAGAAGUACUCAAGCAAAGGUUCUUCCGGCCAGCAGGUGCAUCGCAUCUUUUGCGGUGACUGUGGCUCACCCAUCGCCCACGACCCAGAUGCCGCUCCAGAGAUCAUUGCUCUCAAGGGCGGUACGCUCAGUAACGAGGAUAAGCAGAAGUUGAAGCCUGACACCGAAAUUUGGACUGUCGGCAAGCUGCCCUUCUGCCAGGAAAAUUUGGCUAAGCCUUUCAAGCAUAUGCCUGAAUAAGUGUUACUUUCGGACACCGAAUUGGCUUGGCGGCACGAUACCAGCCUAUUCAAAUUGAAAUGCUGGGAGUUAAGGUGGAUUGAUAUUUGGCUGUGGUUUAUGCAAGUGCUGCAUACCGCUCAAGCACCUUGGCUGUAGCAAACAAAUGAAUACUUAUCAAACCGGCCUGGCUGUUGACUGAUAGAGCAUGUGCUAU